AUGAACCUUGCUGACCCUGUUCUGCCUGAUGGUUACAUUCGCAUUUAUGGCCAUAAAGACAAUGUUCGCAUUUUUGGCCUGGAACAUGUUGAUGUUUUAAGGCAUUGCCUUGCUGGCAGAGUCCGCAUUUCUCGCCCGGGCCAUGUUGACAUUUUCCACGUUCGCAGUGUUCGCACUUUUCGCCUGCGCCGUGCUGGCAUUCUGAGCCUCGCAUACAGUGAUCGCACCUUUGGGUUGGGCUGUGACGAUGUUGGCAUUUUUUGCGUUGAUGGUCUCGAUGACCAUGCUGACAAUGGCAGUCUGUCCCGUCUACUAGUUGGCAGCACUCGCAUUCUAUGCGUCCUUGUUCGACAAGUUGGCAGUGCAGGCAUUUCCGGUCUGGAACGUGUUAUCCUAGGUAGCAUUCUUCAUGUGGUUGUGGAAAAUAACAUUGUUUUGUUAUAUCUAGUAGAUACUAAGGUAGCCAGUGAGGAAAGCGACUCAGCUCUGUUACCAGGUGAUUCAGCUUCCACGGAUGAAAAGUAG